ACCAUAUAUUAAUAUUAAUAUAUAUAUAUAUAAAGCACCAAUAUAUAGAAUAGAGUAAGUUACAACAAUAAAACCCACUUCCAUCUUCAAAAUCUUUGAAUACCAUUACUUUUAUAUUUUCUCCCACCCACUUCUAAAUCUUGUGUGUUGUUGUCUACCACUAUGGCACUCUCUUCAUCACUGCUUGUUCCACUCCAUAAUACUACCAACUUUCCUACUAGCCGCCGUCCGACUCCAUUGUUCCUCACUCGCCAAGGUUGUACCCGUGCAGCAAUCACGGUUCAACCAUCUACGGAGUCUUCAACACCCAAGAAUCUUCCAAUCAAGAAGAUUCCCGGCGAUCAUGGUCUUCCUAUUAUCGGACCGAUACGUGAUCGACAUGACUACUUUUACAAUCAAGGGAGGGAUGAGUUCUUCAAGUCUAGGAUUCAAAAAUAUAAGUCUACUGUUUUUAAAGUCAAUAUGCCACCUGGACCUUUCAUCUCCUCUGACCCUAACGUCGUCGUUUUGCUUGACGGCAAGAGUUUCCCUACCCUUUUCGACGCCUCCAAAGUUGAAAAGAAGGACGUUUUUACUGGUACUUUUUCUCCUUCUCUUGACCUCACCGGUGGCUAUCGAGUUCUCUCCUACCUCGACCCAUCGGAGCCCAACCAUGAAAAGCUCAAAAAUCUCAUGUUCAAGCUUGUCAGCACAACCCGCCACCGCGUUCUCCCCGAGUUUCAAUCAUCCUUCUCCGAGCUCUUCGACGUGCUCGAGAACGAGUUAGCUACCAACGGGAAAGCCAAGUUCAACGAGGCAAACGAUCAGGCUGCGUUUAACUUCCUUUCCCGAGCCUGGUACGGAGCCAACCCAGCCGAUUCAGAGCUCGGAAAUUCCGGACCCGGGAUUAUUUCCAAAUGGGUAUUGUUUCAACUCGGCCCGAUUCUUACCCUGGGUCUCCCAAAACUAAUCGAAGAACUAACACUCCACAGUUUUCGUCUACCAUUCUCUCUAAUAAAAAAAGAUUACCACAAACUCUACAACUUCUUCUACACCAACUCUACUGAUCUUCUCGAGGAAGCUUCUAAGCUUGGGAUCUCACGUGACGAGGCGUGCCACAAUCUCAUUUUCACCACGUGUUUCAAUUCAUUUGGCGGGAUGAAGAUCUUUUUCCCAAAUAUGAUAAAGCAGAUCGGACGAGCGGGAGUAAAUCUUCACCGCCGUCUCGCGGAAGAGAUCCGGUCAGCCGUCCGAUCCAACGGCGGAAAAGUAACCAUGGCUGCUAUGGAACAAAUGUCUCUUUUAAAGUCAGUAGUAUACGAGUCGCUUCGAAUCGAACCUCCAGUCCCCCUACAAUUCGGUCGGGCCAAGAAAGACCUGAUAAUCGAAUCUCAUGACGCUGCUUAUGAAGUGAAAAAAGGUGAGAUGUUAUUCGGGUUUCAACCAUUUGCAACGAAAGACCCAAGGAUCUUCGAGCGAGCCGACGAAUUCAUUGCAGACCGGUUUAUUGGAGAAGAAGGUGAGGAGAAGUUGAAGUAUGUGGUAUGGUCAAACGGGCCAGAAAACGAAAGCCCGAGUGUGAAUAAUAAACAGUGUGCUGGAAAAGACUUUGUUGUGCUUGUUUCGAGGUUGUUGGUGGUUGAAUUGUUCUUGAGGUAUGACUCGUUUGGAAUUGAUGUCGGCGUUUCGCCUUUGGGUGCUAAAAUUACUGUCACUUCUCUCAAAAGAGCAACCUUCUGAGGUUAAAAAUACUUGCUUUUUCUGGAAAGUAAAUAAUGGACAAUUUGCACUAAUUUUAUUCUAGAUCACAUUUGGUUGUCACGUUCCGAAUUUAAAUAAGUUCAAACGGACGGAAUGGUAAUUUUUAGUUUAGUGUCAUUCUUUUGAAGAGCCCUCUCAAAUAUGAGAAUAGGCUACGAACUAGAAUUAGAAAUCAGUCUUUCUCUCAUCGCUUCUGUUAUUAUUUUGGUUACUUUUGAUUUAGUAUUAUCUUUGUUAUUUUGUUGUACUUCGUAGCUUCUUAAUUUAAGUAAUGGCAAAGACUUAUUGAUUAUAUCGGAA